CUUCCGGUUUCCUCUCGGGCCAAAAUGGUGGCGAUUGAGAGGUGGGAGCUGUGUGGUUGGGAACAGGCCUGUUUCUCUCCCGGGUUUUGAGUAGGUUUAGGGCCCUGGCAUUAACAAAGGGCUUUUAUGCACAGUUGUGACUUGGUAAGCACAUUUUGGAAGGCAGAAUGACAUCAAUUAUCAAGCUAACCACCCUUUCAGGGGUGCAGGAAGAAUCAGCUCUCUGUUAUUUACUUCAAGUAGAUGAGUUUCGCUUUCUAUUGGAUUGCGGAUGGGAUGAAAAUUUUUCUAUGGACAUCAUCGAUUCUUUGAGAAAACAUGUUCAUCAGGUUGAUGCAGUACUUCUGUCACAUCCAGAUCCUUUACAUUUGGGUGCACUUCCAUACGCAGUAGGAAAAUUGGGUUUGAAUUGUGCUAUUUAUGCAACCAUUCCAGUGUACAAAAUGGGCCAGAUGUUCAUGUAUGAUCUCUAUCAGUCACGGCACAAUACAGAAGACUUCACGUUAUUUACCCUGGAUGAUGUGGAUGCAGCUUUCGAUAAAAUACAACAAUUGAAAUUUUCUCAGAUUGUUAAUUUGAAAGGGAAAGGACAUGGUUUGUCUAUCACACCAUUACCAGCAGGCCAUAUGAUAGGAGGUACAAUCUGGAAGAUAGUCAAAGAUGGAGAAGAAGAAAUAGUUUAUGCCGUCGAUUUCAACCAUAAAAGGGAAAUCCAUUUGAAUGGAUGUUCCCUGGAAAUGUUAAGUAGGCCUUCCUUGCUUAUCACUGACUCCUUUAAUGCUACCUACGUACAACCGAGACGGAAGCAAAGAGACGAACAACUGCUGACAAAUGUUUUGGAAACACUUCGAGGUGAUGGGAAUGUCCUAAUAGCCGUGGACACUGCAGGCAGAGUUUUGGAACUUGCCCAGCUGCUUGAUCAGAUAUGGAGGACGAAAGAUGCUGGUUUAGGAGUCUACUCUUUAGCACUUUUGAAUAAUGUCAGCUACAACGUUGUGGAGUUCUCAAAAUCACAGGUGGAAUGGAUGAGUGAUAAGCUGAUGAGAUGCUUUGAAGAUAAGAGAAACAAUCCUUUCCAGUUUCGUCAUCUCUCUCUCUGUCAUGGGCUUUCAGAUUUGGCUCGAGUUCCUAGUCCCAAAGUUGUCCUUGCCAGCCAACCAGAUUUGGACUGUGGGUUUUCAAGGGAUCUCUUUAUACAGUGGUGUCAGGACCCUAAAAACUCUAUCAUUUUGACCUAUAGAACAACUCCUGGGACACUGGCACGAUUUCUCAUAGAUAACUCCUCUGAAAAGGUUAUCGACAUGGAGUUGAGAAAAAGGGUUAAAUUGGAAGGAAAGGAACUUGAAGAAUACCUGGAGAAAGAGAAACUUAAAAAAGAAGCAGCUAAAAAGUUGGAACAGUCAAAAGAGGCAGACAUUGAUUCCAGUGAUGAAAGUGAUGCUGAAGAGGACAUUGAUCAGCCAUCGGUUCAUAAAACUAAACACGACCUGAUGAUGAAAGGGGAAGGAAACCGGAAAGGAAGCUUCUUCAAGCAGGCCAAAAAAGCAUAUCCCAUGUUCCCAGCUCCAGAAGAGAGAAUUAAAUGGGAUGAAUAUGGAGAAAUUAUCAAACCUGAAGACUUCCUUGUUCCAGAACUGCAGGCAACAGAGGAAGAAAAAAACAAAUUAGAAUCAGGGCUUACCAAUGGAGAAGAACCUAUGGACCAGGAUUUAUCCGAUGUUCCUACCAAAUGCAUUUCCGCAACAGAAUCAAUGGAAAUAAAAGCUCGUGUUACAUAUAUCGAUUAUGAAGGUCGGUCAGAUGGAGACUCCAUUAAAAAAAUCAUUAAUCAGAUGAAGCCGCGGCAAUUGGUCAUUGUCCAUGGGCCACCUGAAGCCAGUCAGGAUCUGGCGGAGUCCUGCCGAGCUUUUGGUGGAAAGGACAUUAAAGUUUACUUGCCCAAACUGCAUGAAACGGUUGAUGCGACCAGCGAGACUCACAUAUACCAGGUUAGGUUAAAAGAUUCUCUCGUCAGUUCCCUUCAGUUUUGUAAAGCAAAAGAUGCUGAACUGGCAUGGAUAGAUGGAGUCUUGGACAUGCGGGUAUCCAAAGUGGACACUGGGGUGAUUUUGGAAGAAGGGGAACUGAGGGAUGAUGGCGAAGAGACAGAAAUGCAAGUGGAGACUUCCUCUGCUGAAACCAGCACUGUAGCACAGCAGAAGGCCAUCAAGAGUCUCUUUGGAGAUGACGACAAGGAAAUAUGCGAAGAGAGUGAGAUAAUUCCUACUUUGGAACCCUUGCCUCCAAAUGAGGUUCCUGGCCAUCAGUCUGUCUUCAUGAAUGAGCCCAGGUUGUCUGACUUUAAGCAGGUUCUUCUGCGUGAAGGAAUUCAAGCCGAAUUUGUAGGAGGGGUCCUUGUCUGUAAUAACUUGGUGGCUGUUCGCAGGACUGAAACGGGUCGGAUUGGACUGGAAGGCUGUCUCUGUGAAGACUUCUAUAAAAUUAGAGAUCUUUUAUAUGAACAGUAUGCCAUUGUCUGAAGGAGAACUGUAAAUACAAUACAUAUGGACUUGUUAUAUUUUUAUGGAAAUGCUUCAGCACACAUGUGUAUAAGGGCCUAUAGUAGCCUUUAUCAAAAGUUCCCAAUGGCAGACCCCAGUGAUGGAACAUGCUAGAGAAAAAGAACUUCUACAUAAAUGUUCUGUAUAUUUUGCCAAUUUUAUUUUUCAGAUCAAUUUUUUUUGUUAGAAAGGAGUUGUUUCAUAGCAUUUUACAUGUAGAUUUUUGCAUUUGGUUUUUUGUUUUUUUGAUGUGGGGGAGCUGGAGAUAGCUGGUCUAAGUUGCAUUUGGUUUCUACUAAACUUAAUUGUGAAUUAAGUUGAUCAAUUGUUAAACUACCCCAUUGUUGUCAAUACUACAUCAGACGAAGUCUGGUUCCAGCCUUUCAAGGUUAUGUUUAAAAAGGCAAACUGUGUAUUUGUCAAAGACAGUUUUCCAAUUAAAAUAAUUUUCUUCUGUC